AUGUGGUUUGUAUUGUUUUGGAUUUCAUUGUUCAGUUCCACCGAAGGACAAACAACAAUCCCAACUCCAAAAAGCACAUCAGAUUUCCGAAACUAUAGAUUAGAACUAUUUGAAAAAGGAGAGGCACAUUAUGAUGCCAAGACUGUGUGUGAAGCAAGAAAUGCAUGGCUCGUUGAGAUAAAAGAUAAAGAAACUCAAGAUGCAGUGAAAAAAUUUACUGAGGCCCCCGGUUAUCCUAUAACCGUUUCUGGAGUAAAAAUGAACUCCUGUGUCGCUUCCAGAUCAUCUGAUGGAAGGUGGAUUAAUAACGAUUGCGCAAAUGGGCACCGAUAUGUGUGUCAGUCAGAUAGAACUUGGUCCAACUUCAACAAUAAACUAACACUUCAAAUAAUAACAAGUCCUCCAAAAACAUUUUCUGAGUCCCAACAAGCCUGUGCUAAGAACGGAUCGACACUUGUGGAGAUAAAAACAGAUGCUCUGGAAAUAUUCAUCAAUCGAAAAUUGAGUGGCAGCAGCAAUUACUGGACAAGUGGAAGUGAUUCCGAAACAGAAAGAUCUUGGAAAUGGGGAGAUGGGACAGCUAUUGAUGCCAACGAUGACAAUUGGAAACCGUGGUUUAGUGGUGAACCAAAUGGGGCAACAAAAGAAAACUGUUUGCUGAAAUACGCCGAAGAGAAUUUUAAAUGGGUCGAUCACGAUUGUAAUCAACGUUCUGGAUAUAUUUGUCAGCGAGAUGUAUCAGGUGAUUGCGGUAGAGAUGUCUGCUCAGGCAAGGGGGGGUGUCAAGUCAAUGGGUAUCGAUACAAAUGCACCUGCGAUGCAGGAUAUUUCGGGACAAAAUGUGAAAAAGAUCUUAUAACAAUAUCAACUUCCCCUGCUGGUUACAAUAUCAAUCAUAGACAAAGUCUAACUGUAAAAUUCAAUAUAACGUCUUAUGUUGGCAACAUCAAAAUUAGAGUUUCAUCCAGUGACAAUCCUUCAGUUGCAUUGAAAUCUACAACAGCAAUCACGAGCAAUACUGUUUCAACCACCAUUUCAUUCACUCUCAAUCCGUUCGAAGUAGAUGCAAAAACGCGUACUUACAACUUUACUGCCACCCCGGUUUCUGAUGCCAAUUCUCCAUAUUCUAGAGUGACAUCCGUAACGGCAUUUAACCCAGAAACAUUGUUUAUCUCGACGACUUCAGCAAGGGUACAACUAAAACGUGGAGAACGUGUCAAUAUUACUUUGCAGAUAGAGUCAUACAAUGGAAACGUAAAUGUUUUCGUUAAAAACGAAAAAAAUGUCACAAUUUGUUCAAAUAAAAGUCUUGAGAUCAGCAAUGAAAAACCGUCAGCCACAUUGACUUUCAGUGUCGGCCCCAUUAUUGUUCCAACAUCGACAAUCACUUACACUAUUGAGGAAAGCGCGCUCAAUCAACCAUCGAACUCAAAAACAGUUGCAGUUAAUAUGGUCGUAACUGAUCAAUGUGAUUCAUCUCCUUGCACGAGAAACGAAACCUGUACAUAUUCUAUCACGACUCCACAUUACAAAUGCACCUGUCUACCUGCUUACACUGGAUCAUCAUGCGAAGAAAGAAGGUUCAUCACGAAUACUGGUAAAAACUGCAAAUAUCACGUCAACCUUCACGAUAAAAAAACAUUCACCAGUGCAAAUUCAACUUGUAGUGCGCUAGGAGGAGAGGUCGCAAUGAUGAAAACCACUGAAAUUCAAGACUUGGUUGAGAGCCAAAUAAUAUCACAAUAUGGAGCCAACGGAACAACGCUUCAGUUUUGGAUCGGUGGAUACAAAAUUAAUAAUUCAUGGCUAUGGAUUGAUGGAACAUCCGUGCCGACAACAGGACAAAAUUCAAAAUGGCCUCGAUGGGUCAAGGACCCAUCUGAUAAAACAGGCAAUAUGAUUCUUAGUUCUUAUCGAGAUGGCCACAGAAACAAUAUGCGAUGGUAUACGAAUAAAGACCAGAACGGGUACAUAUGUGAGAUAUCAGUGGAGCAUAAAUGCGGAUCAACUCACUGCGGAAUUGGAGGUACUUGUAUGCUUUCGGGAUGCCAGGAACACUGCAAGUGUUUACCAGGAUUUAAUGGAAAGAAUUGUGAAACAAAACAAAUAGAGCUUAUGGCAACAAAAUAUAACUACACCAUAUAUGUGAAUGAAAGUUUCGUUGCUGAACUGAACGUGAUCAGUAUUGAUGGACUCGUACGUAUUCGGGUUUAUAAAAAUAACGAUUUGAAAGAAGUCAUUGCUUCGCAACACAAUGCUAGUGGAUUGGUAAACUUUACGAUUGGACCAAUUAACCAACCAAGUACUGGAAUAAAUUACACCUUCUACGCAAGUCCAGAAUCAAAUAUCUACUCCUACAAUUUUACAACUUUUGUCCGUGUUGUAAUUGAAGCUUCAUCAUCUAUCACCUCCGUCACUCCACAAUUUGUAACUAUACCGAUCGAAGAAGAUAAGAAGAAAAUAAGCUGCGAUGCAUCAGGCGUGCCUAUCCCAAGUGUUCAAUGGCACAAAGGUGAUCAACUAAUCAGGAACGAAUUCGAAACCGGUGUCUACCAAACAACAUCGCCCGGUCAUGCUACUUUGCGUAUCGAUAAAGCAACAAGUAAUGAUGUCGGGAUAUAUACAUGCUUUGCAUUUAACGUAAUAAACGGCGCAACCAAGAUAUCGAAUCAAUCAGCUGUGGUACGAGGUAAAAUUUUACUGGUUCAGUCGAAGGUUGCAAAAACAUCAAACGGAGUUGCUUCUUUGACUUGUACAUAUGAAGGAUAUCCGCUGCCUCAAAUUAUUUGGAAGUGGCAUCUUCCAGCGAAUGUGAAAAUAAUUUCAAAUGAGAACAUAGCGAUGUUUAAAGAAAGCAGUAUAAGUGACACCCUGAAUCCUUUGCAAAAGAGCACAAGUCAGCUUAACAUAACAUUAGUCGAAUAUCUUGGCGCAACAAAGUUUUCCUGCUCGGCAACAAAUAAAUAUGAAGAAUAUACCGAUAAUGAAAAAUUGUUUGAACUGAACAUGUAUGUGGCCUUGAAUUCAAUUUCAUCGUUUCAUCUUUACGGCAAAUCAGAGCCAGACAAAAGAAAUUAUACCGACGCAAAACGGUACUGCCACUCCAUAGGUAAAACACUCGCAAUUGUAUCAAACAAUCAGACUCAAGACCUACUUAAAACAAAAGCUAACAAUCUCGGGAUUACAACUUAUUUGUAUCUUGGAGCACAAAGAAACACAACAGGUAGUCAAAAGGUUUGGAGAUGGAAUAAUGGGUCUGUGCUGUACAACGAAACAAAAUACGGACCAUGGAAGUCUGAACGACGUAAUAUUGUAGAUGGAACGUAUGUUGCUUGGGGAAAUGGUAGACCGUCGACGAAUACGAAUUGUUUAGUAAUGAGAAAAACUUUCCAAUGGCGAUGGGCUGACGGAGACUGUGCAGAAGCAAGAGGAUUUAUUUGCGAGGGACAAUUGAAGGGAAUUCCUCUCGACUUUCAUGUAAAUUUAGCCAAAUGCUCUUCGAACUUCACUGUCAAAUGGAGUCCGUCGAUCAAUGCAUUGGGAGUGACACACAGGCUUCAAAUUGAGCGAGUGUCCCCAGUGAAAAAGGAAGUCAUUAACAAUACCGACAUUACGCCUCUUCAACAGAAUGUAAUAAGCAAUAUGUUUAUAGGGUUGAAUUUCUCAACAACUUAUAACGUGAAGGUUAUUGUGUGUCCUGAUUUGUGCAAAUAUCAGCACAUUACCACGAAGACAAUAACUACGGAUGCAACAAUACCUGGUCCUGUAAAAGCUUUCAAUAUGACACACGUAAAAGAAAACAACACUUGCCUUAUUCAAUGGGAGAUGGACAACACACAUGGCAUUACGGAAUUUUAUGUGAAAGGAACAUCAUCCUUUGUCUACGUAGCAUCUACAAAAUCUACACCGAAACAAACUGUUCUAGAUAAGAAUAUUUCAGCGGAAGAAAGAUAUUUCAUAUUUUCCAACAUGUCAUUUAAUCGAAACUACACAUUCAGUAUUUCUGCCCGGACAUGUGCUGGUACUGGACCGGGUAUAUUUGCUGUCGGAAAUUGCAAGACAGAGAGAGCAGCACCAGCUAUAGUUCCUUCUCCGAUUGUGGCCACUGAUUCAGACGGUGAUGGAACGGUUCCAAUUAGGAUCAAUUUACCGGACGAAAGUAAUGGACCUAUCAGUUGCAUAUUUGUUAUUGUCGUAUUCAAACCUGAAAAAUCGACUUCGAUGACAUUUGAAAGCGCACAAGAUCUACGACAUAUAAAGGGCAAAACUUUGAAGACUAAUGAAGCUUUCGUCGCUCUCGCGAUUUCCAGAGCAAGCAUUUCAAACGAAAUCGGAAACAUGCUUUACAUAACAAGAAAAUUGGGUGAUGAAAGCACAUCCGAUUGCAACAUAUAUCAUGUAAACGAAGUGAAUCGGAUGAAACGAGAGGCUGGUUUUGAUGGAAAUAUUCAAGCAAAUAACUUGAAAUUGGAAAACGAAGCUGAGUACAGCUAUUACGUUGUAACUUCAACACCAGGAGAUGGAAAUAAAACACUGAUCAAAGCGAGUGAAGUUUCCUAUUUUACCAAAAUUACACCUACGUCUCCGACGCUUGUUAUUAUUAUUAUCGUCGUCUGUGUUGUAAUUGUUGGGUUUGUAAUUAUCGGGAUAUAUUGUUAUAGAAGGAAACUCGGACGAAAGAAAAUGUUCAUAGAUGACGUGAAUAUGCAAGAAUUACAAGAUAAUGUGAAUGAUGACCCCUUGUACGCAAAUAUUGCAAUGGAUAAAAUGGAACCGAGGUCACCUUACGAUAUUCCACUUGAGCAACUUCUUGAAAGGUACAAUCGUUUAAAUGAAAAAGAUGGUGCAAAAUUUAUAGAAGAGUUUCAGAAUCUCAAAUCAGACGCAAAAGGACUGAAUUAUCCCACAACAGUCGCUUCCUCUGAAUCACUGAAGGGCAAAAACAGAUACAAGAAUAUUCUACCUUCCGAUUUAUCGCGUGUGCUGCUUGACGGAGAAGGAAAUAUGAGCUACAUUAACGCUUGCUACAUUAAUGGAUUCCGUAAAGCAAAGAAGUUUAUUGCUACACAAGGACCGUUGCCAAGUACAGUAAAUGAUUUUUGGAGAAUGAUUGUUGAGCAUAAAGUAAACUGCAUCGUCAUGUUAACGAAAUGUAUGGAAAAUGGAAAGAAAAAGUGUGAGAAAUACUGGCCUCCCCAAGGUUCCCCCAAACAAUUUGGAAAUGUAUAUGUUGAAAAUAUAGACGAAAUAUUCACGGGUUGCUACAAAAUGUUUACAUUAAAAAUUACAAAAAAGGACGAACAGAGUAUAAAAGUAGUUCUGCUCCAAUACCUAAAUUGGCCUGACCAUGGAGUGCCAGUUACAACAACAAAUUUGAUGAGAUUUCAUGGAAUUGUCAAAAAACACCAAUCAAAUGCACCUAUAGUUGUUCAUUGCAGUGCUGGGGCGGGAAGAACUGGCGCAUUCAUAGCUUUAGAUUAUUUGCUUCAGGAGAGUGAAUCACUUCGAUCGGUUGAUGUUUACAAUUGUAUUUUGAAGCUGAGGGGACAGAGAGUAGAUAUGGUGCAAACAUGUGAUCAAUAUAUCGUGGUGCAUAAACUUAUUUUGGAGAAUUAUUUAUUUGGAAAAACGGAUUUGGAAUCGGAAAAAUUCAAUAGCUUUCUAACCAGAGUUACUUCGGAUAUUAGUAUAUUACAAAAACAGUUCAACGAUUUGGCCAAAAUUGGUCCAGUGAAUCAGACAAGACAAGGGCAAUUGGCGAAACAACCUGAGAUGAACAGAAAUAAAGAAGUGAUACCUUUUUCACGAACGAGCAUUGUGAUAGUCCGCAAUCCGACCGAAGCAGAAACCCCUUGCCUGAAUGCAUCGAAUAUGGAAUCAUACGAUAACGCUACAAAAUUAAUUGCUGCACAAGGUCCUCUGAAACAGACAAUUGGUUUCUUCUGGCGUGCAAUUCUCGACAACAAUAUCAACACCAUAGUGAUGCUAACGGAGUGCAAAGAGAAUAAAAAGGAACAAUGCUUUCCUUACUGGCCCAGCGACAACGAGAAAGAUCUCGUGAUUAAUGAAAUUACCAUUCAUUUAAAAUCUGCCAGUACUGACAAUGAAAUCACCAGACGUGAAUUACGUGUAACCAAAGAGGAUGACGAAAAGGCAAUCAUCCAAUACCAAUACACUGGUUGGGCGUCGAACAAAUGUCCUGAUGAUGCUACGGCAGUACUUGAGCUGAUAGAGAAAAUGCAAUCAAGUGUGAGAAGAGAUAGAAAUUCUGCUGUUUUGGUUCAUUGCAGUGACGGGGCAGGAAGGACAGGAAGUUAUUGUGCAAUUAUUAAUCUAAUUGAGAGAUUGAAAUGCGAGAGCAAUAUCGACGUCUUCAGAACUGUCAAAGAUCUGAGGGAUUGCAGACCAGGGAUGGUGCAGACAUUGGACCAAUAUAAAUUCUGUUUUGACGCCGUGUCGGCUUAUCUGUCUUCAUUCAAUCUUUAUGCCAACUUCAAUGUCGACAACAAACCUUCAACAUCAACGGAAGAAGAAAACUUGUACGCAAACAUAUGACAUUUUAAAAAUGCCAAUAAGGAAAAAAUUAAAAUUUGCUAUGUUUGUUUAUGAAUAUUGGUUCCGGAGAAAUUGCACAUGAUAACUUUGUUAUCAUUAAAAACUGACAAUUUACUUUUCUGUUCUUAUAGUAUAAUCUCUUAUUGUUGACUAAUCAAUAUAAACCGGUAUGUAUUUACUAUCAUACGCUAAGUUACAUUUAUUUUAAUUUUUAUUUUAUUAUCACGUUUUAAAUUACCUUGGCAUUCCCUCGAAGUAAUCUUAAUGUAACAACUGAAUGAACAUGAACAUUUUACACAAUUACAUCCAAUUAAAAAACAAAAUUAGCACAGUUUAUUGAUCUAAAUAUAGAGAAGAGUUAUCACCAAUGUAUUCGUUGAAAACAAUUAAAUGCUCCAACUCUAAUAUAAAGAUGUGAAGAAUUCAUGAAUCAGGUAUGAUUAUAUUUUUAUGCGUUGUACACAGCAGUCGCAAAUGCACGCCAAUAAAUUAAGAUGAAAAACUUCAUACUAUAUUUGAGACUAGGUUACAUUAAAGAUAUUGCAUGCUAUGUGGUUUUAUGUCAGUUUUUUGUUGUCCAUAACAAACCAUGCCACUCUAAAUUAAUUUUGCCUUCUAUUAGUUAUUGUAAAAAAAGUUUAACAAGUUGAAAGUCAUGUAUUCUAAACCUGCAA